AUGUUCGGUGUGUGGGGCUGGAGUUGGAAGCAACAAAUCAAAUACCUACGAUGUCAGCAGUGGUGUCACAGACGAUGCUCGAGUAUUACCGGCUCACUGAGGAAAGUGAUUGAUUUCAUUUGUCCCGUCUGCAUCAACCCGGCACAACGGGGCCCAGAUGAGGAUACGAUUACCUGGAUCGAAACUGUUACUUCAUUUCAGUAUUUUGGAGAUGUGCUGGACUGCACUGAAACAGCUUUGUUAUUUAAUUUUUUAAUAUGUUUAGUGAAUAUCAAGUUGGAAAUUCCAGUAAGGCAAGAAGAAUAUGACGAUAGUAAUGCACUUGUUUUGCCUUCAAAGAAACGAAGAUCUAAAACUUUAUCUACCAAUACUGAAAAAGUUAAAGUGUUAACUAAAAAACAAAAACACAAUUUGGAAAAAAUUGUACAACGAAAAGAAAAACGAUUGCAGAGAGGAGAGUUGUUGAGGCAAUUGGAAAUAGUUAAAGCAAGUUCAAAUGAAUUGUCUCAAAUGAUUUCAACUGCAGAUAUGCAAUCUGGAAAACUUGAAAAGAAACUUCAUCCAGAUGUAGGAGCUAUGAAACAGUUGUCUAAAUUAUCAGGAGAUGUUUUUGAUGAUGUAAGUUACAAAAGUUAUAAAAAAAUCGAGAUGAAAGAAAACUUCAGAAGUUGCGACACUGACGUAGACACCAGCGAUAUAUCAACCGAUGAUGAAGAAAAUGCCAAUAACAGUAGCAAUGAGAAGGUUCAAAUUCAAGGAAGCAAAAUGAACAUUUCAAAAGAUGGAGACAACAAUGACUUUGUUUGUGAGAAGAGUAAUCAUGAAAAUAAAGACUUAAAAGAUAUUGCAAAAGACAUAGGGUCUUCUGAACUUCGAAAAACGGUCAAUAUUCCAGUUUUUAGAGAUCCCGAGAUUGAGGUUAAGUGCUUUUUUAUAAAAAAAUUGACAAUGCAUCUUGUUGAAGCAAUUAUUAUAGUCUACAAGAACGUUUGUGUUUGUCUAGCUUAA